AUGGAUCUGUGUGUGACAGACAGCAUCUGUGUUGCCAAUGCUUCUACCAUAGCAACUGCCGCUGCUUCUCUUUCGUUUGUUGCCAUGCAACCCCUCCCGCCUUUACUCUACGAACAAUUGAUACCCUACAUGGACCGUCCUCCUUCUAUAGACCCUUCCGAGUGCUCCCUCUGUAGCUGUAGCUGUGCCUCAACCGAUGAACAUCGAUCACUGCCCUCCACAGGCCGCACAACGCCCAUCGACCCAAUCUGUCCUUCGAAGCGACGAGGAGAGUUGACAAUUGCCGAAAUGGACGAAGCAUGGAAAGCUCGCAAGCAACCCCUGCGUAGACAUCAUGCCACUCACGAACUUAUUCAGACCGAAAGAGACUAUGUUCGCGAUCUUGGUCACCUUUCAGAGAUUUUCUUUGAAAUACUUUCUCGGGAGGAAUGGAUUCCGCAUGAACAUAAGCGGGUGAUUAUUCGAAACGCACAAGAUAUCCUAAUUUUCAACAGACGCUUUUUGAAAGCCCUGGAGACAUGUCUUGAUCAGAGUCUCGAUAAUAGAAAAACCACAUGCGAACUCAUUGCCCAAGUCUUUCUGGAUAUGGCAGAUGAUUUUAUGGUAUAUGCUUACUAUUGCGACAUGCAUGCAGAAGCUCUUGCAUUGUAUGCAGAUUAUCGCACUCGACCAGAAUGGACAAUAUUCUUAAAGAAAUGUUCUCCUGCAGAUAGAACUCUGGUACAAGGAAACAUUAGCGAUUCAGUUGGACCUACAACCAUUGCACCUUCAGCAAAGGCACUUCAUUUUGAAGACUAUCUGAUAAAACCUGUUCAGAGGAUAUGCCGCUACCCGCUACUUCUCAAAGACCUCGUGCGUUACACCUCUCCACAUGCAGAGGAAUACUCCCUCUUGAACGAUGCCCUUACUGCCAUCCAAAACACUGUGGGGGAAAUCGAUUACCGCAAAUACACACGCGAUAGUAAAGAACGAACCGAAUUAUUUGUGCUACGAUUGGAGAACGACCGAAGGAUAGAUAAGCAAUUUCUUCCCAAACUAGGAAAUUUGAUGAUUGCAGGUGGUCUUGAAGUAAGCUUUACACCCAUGGGCCAAACAGUCUCGAAGACGAAAUACCUCGGCUGCUUCUUGUUUCCGACGUACAUUAUGCUCGUGAGACCUAAAAAAUCGACUGUUUACGAACCAAAACAUUGGUUUUCAUUACGGCAAGCAGUGUUUGAAGACGUUCUAGAAAGCGAUGGGCAUGUGUUUGCAUUCAAUGCAAGUUGCUUCCAAGAAAAACAAUUGUGGGUCAAAAGAAUACGAGAGGCCAUGAUGUUCACUGAUAAUCAGGGUGAUGCUGUUCCGUCUGAUCUGCGCGAAGCUGAGAAUUCAUUGGACUUCUCUUUUACAGAAAGUUCUCUGCCACCAGCUCAGCAUACAAUUCGACAGUCGAGAUCGUUCACCAACAUGCUCGAUUUUGCCACCUCCAUAAACUACCCCUCGAGCCAAACAUCAAAAUCAGCUACCACCACUACUUCUACUUCAACAAAUGGCAUACGACGAUCGGUGUCAACUGGAGUACAGCUGUGUGGCGAGACAUUCAAAGGAAAAGAGAGACACAAUACCUUGACUACCUCUAUAAAUAUUGACACCAGAACAGCUGCACUAGCCAGAUCGUAUUUCUCGGCAGGCUCUCCAGCCAGCAGAGAAGAUUCGUUCAGAUCGGAAAGAAGCCAACCUGCUUCGGGUUCAAUGACGCCAGAACUCUUGGAAAGUUAUGGCACUCAUCAUAGACGACCUAGUUCUAUUGACCUCCUAAUGACUUCGAACAAUACUACAGCAAACAUGAUUGGGAAAAUGUCUUCUCAAAUAAAAAACAAUCACAAGCACACGAUACGGAUGGCAAUAGACCACAAAUUACGCGACGUGUGUACCCAAGACUAUCUUUCUUCUAGAGCAUGGCACAUGCGCGACAAGGAGCUACUUAUGCUCUCCCAAUCCCAACCCCAACUCCAAUCCCAAACCUCAAAUUAUGGCCCUCAUGGCAACUAUCGUAAGCGCAAAUCCACUCCUUUUCUACGCCCUCCUCCUUCCAAUGGAUCUCUUUUAUUGGCUCGGAGAGCAAGUGAGGCUGGCCUCAUCUCCCGCUCUCUACGCAAUUUUGAAUACGAUGACCAGUCCAACUUUAGUCUCGAAAGCUCAGUAGAUGACACAGGCCUAGGACGAAAGCAAUCGCAUUCAGCCACAACUAAUAUACGACGACUGUCACAAAACAGCCAUAUAAGACUUAUGACUACCGAUUCCACUCGUUAUCAUUACCCUGUAGAGCAACUGUCGACUAUCGAAGGCUCAUCCGACCUAGGAAUAGAAGACUUUAGUGGAUUUUCUCCAGAUACCCACAGUACCCAACAAAACCAUGACUGGCCCACUAUAUGCAAUGAAAACACCACCCCCUAUCAAGACCCACCCGAGCUCCCAACUUCAUCUACAUAUACACCCGCUAAACCAAAAAGCGUUCGCCAAAAGAGGGCCUUUGUUGGAAAGAUUUUGGAUAAACUUACAGGACAUGGCAAGAAAGUAGCUAAGCCUGACAAACCAGAUGUCCAUUCUUUUCCAUUGUCCCGUGCACCAAGUAGGCACAAUUCGGAUAUGCAGCCAUACUCUAAUCGAGAGGCAAGUCUGGCUGAGAUUUCUCAUAGGAUAUCUGUAUCCGAUCCAGUCCUUCCACUAUCGCCAGAUGAACACAACCCCACACAAUCCAAUAGAGAAUUACAUCCCAAGUUAAAACACAAGCGCUCGUUUUUUGGGCGUAUUAAAAAAGAACAACAAAAAGCACCUACAAAUCUACCCAAUAUUAUACCCCAAUCCAGUCCUAAUAUUCCUCUUUCUACUGCAUUUGCUUAUGCGUCAACUCCAGCCCAACCUCAAAAAUUGGGAUGGAAGAAGAAGCUUAGUGCGAUGCGUCAACCUCACUCUACUUAA